AUGCGACCCAGAGAGCUCCCUCCUCUUCCUCAGAGAGAACAGAGGACUCUCCCUGCCAUGCCCAGUGAAGAAUCAGCAGAAGUACCAAGGCGUAAGAAGAAGAAAUUGAGAAAGCAGUCCCUAGUGGAGGAUACAUACGACGGGGAUGUAGAGAUGCAAGGCGUGUCCAGCUCAAGGCUCUCUGAUCCUGGGGAGCGGCUUUCUCCAGACUCGGCCGUGCAGAAGAGGAAGAGGAGGAGGAAGAAGGCAGCCACCAUAGAGCUAGAAGAUGACCAAGCAGACCUGGUGAGCACUGAGGCUGUGGAACAGAACACUGAAGGGGAAGAGGUGGUCAGAAAAGUCACAAAGAGGAAGAAGAAGCCCCGGCCCGUCGAGGUGCCCCUGCCCGACGAGCUGUCCGUGGAGGAUGACAUCACCACAGACGGCCCCCCUGCCCCCCCACACACACUGUUUGCCCCGCCUCAGGCCCAGAGCCAGCCCGUGUCCAAGGUCUUCGUGGAGAGGAGCAGAAGGUUCCAGGCCUCAGAGCGGGCGGCGUGGAGCCGGAACAGUGGGCAGCUGGAGCACAUGGACAUGCCCCCCCUCAGCACGUGGGGAACCAGAGACGUGUCGCUGAAGCUGCACCAGAGCUUCAGGAUGCUCGGUCUCUUUGCGCAGGGCUUCCUCGCAGGCUUUGCUGUGUGGCACAUUGUGGUGGUGUAUGUGUUGGCAGGUCCACACCUCACAACUCUGUCCAACCUGCUGCAGCAGUACCAUGGCCUGGCCUACCCCUGUCAGAGCCUGCUCUACCUGCUGCUGGUCCUCAGCACCGUGUGUGCCUUUGACAGAGUAAAUCUGGCCAAAGGUUCCAUGGCCCUGAGACAGCUGAUGAGCCUGGAGCCUGUGGCACUGGUCUCCUUCUUGUACUUCUGUGCUCUGAUCCUGUCUUUGAGCCAGCAGAUGACCAGCGACCGCAUCAACCUAUACCCCAGCUUCAACUCCUCUCUGUGGCCGACGGGCUCAGAGCGGCAGAACCUCCACCCCUGGGUCACAGUGAACCUGGUGGUCGCGCUGCUGGUCGGCGUGUCCUGGGUCUUCGUCAGUACGAGGCCCGACACAGACUAUACUGAAGACUACCUCCUGUCCAUGAUGCUUGAACCAACCAAAGAGGACAAGUCCGAGCUGACCGCCUAG